CAGUACGUGUCGGGCAAGGGACGCAGGUCGGGUAGUGACAGGGCUCUGCGGCGGUCGGGCCGCUGUGAUGAAGUGCGGAAGAAACAAGGGGAAUUCCUGAGAGCUAUGCUACCUACAUGAACGUACUGAAUCGAGUUGCUUUAGCAAGCUAGUCUGCGAGGCGCGUUUAGAUUAAAUAUGCUACCAGAAUUUCAGGGCCAUUGUUAAUUACUAACGUUGUUAGCCUUGUGGUGUUUGUCAGCGCUUUUCCGCCGCCUCAACAAGGCUUCCGCACUCGGAGCAACGCUAAAUUAGCUAUCUGUUUUGCUAGCUAGCUAACUCGACUAAAGCGUUUAGAUAACGCGUUAAGACUGCCAGGUCCUAGGUCAUGGUCCAGCCCCAGCCUUACGGGGACAGCGCCUUUCAGUGGGACAUGGCAGGAGAGGAGGCCGGGGGGGCUGCCAGCCAAGGCUCACUAACGACUAGUUCUCAAGGAUCACUAAGGGUGCCACCUGAACUACCUGGACAUGAAAUGGUCAACAGACUUCUUUUGGAUAACCACCAGUUACGAGAGGCACUGAGGAGGAGCAAUGAUGCCCUGAAAAGCAGGUGCGAGGAGAUGGAGGGAUGGCAACGAAGAUCUAGGGAGGAGAGAGAAUUUCUGAGUGGGAAGUUUCAUGAGGCACGGGCUUUGGUUGAGCGACUGGCUCAGGAGAAUAAGAAUUUGCUGAGCAAACUCAAACCUGACGUCAGUCAUGUAGCACCUGAAGGCACCGCUCUGUGCUCAGAGUCAGCAUGUCAAAAUCGGAACCAAGAGAGUUCUCGUGCAGACAUUAACGGACUGACAGAGGAACUUAAUGACUUAGCUGUGAUUGAGCGGAAGGUUGAUGCAGAACAAGACACUGACAGACAGGCAAUGCCUCGAAGUUUGCCUAAUGAAGGUUCUAACGAAAUCCUAAAGAUACUGAAGAGUCAUAAAGAGAAGCUCGAGGAAAGAAUGAGAGUGCUGAAGAGGAGAAAUGAGGAACUGGAGAAGGAGAAAAUGGAGAGUAAAAAAGAAAAUGAAGGCCUUCUGAAUACUGUGGACCAGCUACGCUUCAAACUGACACAGCUUACUCAGACUGAUGCUGUGACAGAGGAGACAUUGCAUAAAAAUCCUUAUACCGUCUCUCCAGAAAGCUUUCACUUGGCUAAACUAACAGAACAGCUUCAGGCUACUCAAGGCAGGUAUAGAGAGCUUCAGGAGAAACUGAAUGUACUAGAACAGAACACAAUGCAAAGGGAUAGAAUUGAGCCUCUACUCAAACAGAAGGAGAAGGAUUGUAUUCAGCUGACCAAGGACAGUGAGGCUCUAAGGGCUCAGGUCACCUCUCUACUCGGUGAGCUGAAAGAGCGCCAGACAUCCCUAGACAAGUGUGAAGAUGAUAAAAGACGUUUAGAAGAAAGGCUGUGCUGUAAGACAGAUAGCCUGCAGACCCUGGAGCGUGACAUGGAGGAGCAAAAGAAGCAGCAUUGUGUGACCGUGGACAAGUUCCUUUUGCAGACGCAGAACCUGGAGGCAGCACUGAAGAAAGAACGGGCUGUCAUUGUGGAGGAGAGGAGGAAGCUAGCUCAACUCCAGCACGCUUACACCUGUCUCUUCCAGGAUUAUGACUCCAAACUGAAAAAUGAAAAGUUAGCCAAUCACAGGAGUGGAGAAACAGAGACGCUUACUCAUAGACUAGAGGAAGCUGAGAAAGCUCUGGCCUUGAAACAAGCUCACAUCGACAAACUCAAAGAAGAAGUGGAGCAGCAGAGGACCUUACAGGAGACCAAUGAAGUGCUCACAGCACAGGCGGAGAUCUUCAAGUCAGACUUCCUUGCAGAGAGACGAGCACGAGAGGAGCUCAACCAAAAGAAGGAGGAGCUGCAGGAAAAACUGAACCAAACACUGACUGAACUCAAUCUCCUCAAACAGGAGAAGAUGCAGCAAAGACACAUGGACAGCUACAGACCUCCACCUGCAAUAUUGCCAGGCCCUGGGAUACCACAGCCGAAUCGCAAUGCCCCCGAGAUGCAGCCUGAAUACCAAUGCCCUAAGUGUCAGUACAAUGCUCCGGACAUGGACACCCUGCAGAUUCACGUCAUGGACUGUAUCCAGUGAGAAGAGGAGAGCCGCAGACGGAAAAAUAACGAGCGUGAUCUACAGAGAUGGAAUCCUAUUACAGCAACUUUAGCGUAAACAAUCUAAGCACAGUUGAAUCAAUGAACAGAAAAUUUUGUAAAAGAACAGGCCUUGGCAACUGACCAAGAAAGAAGAAACCAGGCAGUUGCAAUGGACAUUUUUUUUCCCUGGCGCCAGAACUGUCCGCAGUGUACUAUUUGACAUAGUAUAUUAGUUAUCUUUUAGAAAAGAUGUGUACUGCCUCUCUGUGACAGUGUAGUGUAAUGUACUGCACGCGUUUUUGAUGUAUGGCACAAGUCUAUCAGUGACAACAGUCCUUUUAUAAAUGUGCUAUUUGUCUCUCUGAAUGUAUGGGUUCUGAAUGUAUGGAUUCAUAUCUUCGUGUGUUAAUAUUGUCUAUAAUCUUGCUUGAAUGUAUUAAAUACUUUGUACAGACUAUUAUGGAGAGAUUUAAAGAUUAAAAACAGAAGUUGAAAUUGC